AUGUCGUUAUCACCAUCAUUUAUAAGAUUUCUAACAGAAAGACGAUCCAGACGUAGUGAUCCUUGCGUUAAAGUAUUAAUUUGGUGUUCAUGUUUUUUUGGUUUAUGUGGACUUGUGUUUGGAAUCAAUGAAUACCAUCAAUCAAAUACAUAUGUCGAACGUUAUUGUCAGAUUAAAUCCAAUGAAGUCGUAGGUCCUUUGAAAAAAAGUCGAUGGAAACCAGCAUGGAAUAUUACCAUUUUAGAUGAAGGAAAUGAUCGAAUAGAAUCGAGUUCUACAUAUUCUCUAAAAUGGUGGGCUACAAGUAUUGCACAAGCGAAAAAAUUAAAUCAAAUCUAUCGAUGUUAUCGACAUCAUAAUUAUCCUUCCCCUGGAACAUGGUCUUGGCAAUGGAAUAAACCUUCGAAAUUAAAAGCAUAUAGUUUUCUUUUUGCUUUUUCUGUUUUUUUUAUUGUGGGAAGUGUACUUUUUAUACUUAGAAAAUAUUAUCAACAUCAAGAAAGACGAAGACAAUAA